GCACUCUCCUCAAAAGCCCACACAAAUUCAUGAUCCAUCCAUCUCUAUCGCUCUCCAACCUUUACGGCCAUGGAAGGAAAAUAGACUAGAGAACAACCCGAAUGGAGUUAACGUCGAACUCUGUUGCUGCUUCUGCGGCUUCUAGUUCGUCUGAUUCUCUCAAUGGUUUGAAAUUCGGCAAGAAAAUCUACUUUGAAGAUGUGGGCAUUGGAAUUCCUUCCAAAUCAGUUUGUGCGUCGUCGUCGGUUUCGGUACCGGUUUCUCAGGAGUCGAUGCCACUACCACCACCGCCGGCGCCACCGAGGAAGGGUAGAGGGGUUGUGCAGGGUGGGCAGCCUCCGAGGUGCCAGGUUGAGGGGUGUAAGGUGGAUCUGAGUGAUGCCAAGGCUUACUAUUCUAGGCACAAGGUUUGUGGGAUGCACUCCAAGUCUCCUAAGGUCAUUGUUGCAGGCUUGGAGCAGAGGUUCUGCCAGCAGUGUAGCAGGUUUCAUCAGCUUCCCGAAUUUGACCAAGGGAAGCGGAGUUGUCGUAGACGUUUGGCAGGGCAUAAUGAGCGUCGUAGAAAGCCAUCACCUGGCUCUUUAUUAGCUUCACGCUUUGGGCAGCUGUCGUCAUCUUUCCAUGCCAGUAGUAGAGUUGGAGGCUUUCUCAUGGAUUUCUCAAUGCAGUCAAGACUGCCUACGAGGGAAGUAUGGCCAACCGCAAGUGACAGCGAUCGGCAUGGCAACCAACCAAUGACUAUGGGGAAAUUGUUUCCACAUCCAUGGCAAGGGAACCCAGAAAGCCGACCAGCUAAUGUCUUCUCUCAUGGAUCCCACAUGUAUACAACAGGUGGAACGGCCUUCUCCAAUGCCAGAAUUCCUUCGAAUGAAUGUUUUGCAGGAGUCUCUGACUCCAGAUGUGCUCUCUCUCUUCUGUCAAAUCAGCCAUGGGGCUCCAGAAAUCAUGCAUCUGGUCUUGCAGUGGACAACUUAAAAGAUGCGGAAGGAGCUUCAGUGUUUCAUUCAGUAGCACCACAUGGUCCUUUAGCAAGUGACAUAGCAAGAAACACAUGGAGUUUCAAGGGCAAUGCAGCCGGUAUUAGUCGUUCACAGCAAAUGCCACAUGAUCUGGGUGUUGGACAAGUCUCACAAUGUAUUGAUUUUCAGUUCUCUGAUGAGCUUGAGUUAGCUCAUCAGAGAAGCCGUCAAGACAUUGGACUAGGAAAUGCUAGGGCAUGUGGCUCUUCCAAUAACCAGAUGCACUGGUCUCUCUAGAGACUGACUGUUCUAGUACUUGGAUUGCUUCUGUCCAGUCUCCAGAUUAGAAUGGAUGUCUAAUGUUUUCCAUUUUAUGCUACUAGUGACUCUUAAAUUUACUCAGCUAUAUUCUGAGUUUGAGCCUAGUGGGCUACAUUUGCUGUCAUUGGGAAAGAGGACCCUUGAUUAGUAUGUGUGAAUGUUGUCAGAACUAACAAUAUUGUCGCCGCUGCGUAGGCACUUAUGGUGGUUUGAAACAAUAUUACUUAAGACAUGCUUUGGAAUGGUAUUAUCUGUAUUAACUUAAUUGAUGGACAUCUCAAUCCUGUGGAGUGGUAUUUUCAUUUUCCAGUAAUUGUAUGGUCAGUGUAUAUGACUGUUUAAGAUGUCUUUG